CAGUUUUGCCACAUCCUCUGCAAAGGGUAAUAUAACUCUGGGAUUAAGCCAGCUGGUGGCUGACUGCUGUGGUUCUGUAGCUUACAAUCCACUUAAUGAGAUUUGCUGUGAUGGCAGGAUUCUGACUCGAAGCAGCACUCACGUGAAAUGCUGUGGCGAAGACAUGUACUUGACAACCACUCAUUUGUGUUGUGGUAAAAACAACAUAUUUCAACGGAAGGAAAAUCAUUCUUGUUGUGGCAAGGAAACAUAUGACAUGACAACCCACUGCUGCUGUGCUAACCCUACACUAGAAGUAAAGCCUAAACAUGAAACUUGCUGUUCAAAAGCAACAGAUUCUCGUAAAAAAACUGAAAGCCAGCAAGGUUCUCCUCCCACCCGCACUCUCCCCAUAUUAUCAGACUUGAAUUGUGGAUCAGAAACCUACAAUCCCCAUGAACAAAUGUGUUGCUCAGGGAAUCUGUAUAAGAAGGCAUCAGCACUUACUAAGUGCUGUGGCGAAGAUGCUUACACUCUGUCAGAUGACAAUGUGCUGUGCUGUAAUGGAAUCCUUUAUCGCAAUGUGUCUGAGCAGUCAGAGUGUGUUGGAGGUGUUAUAUAUACUCCAGCAAACACUACUUGCCAAAUGUCGACCCGUCCUCGUCUUGGCGAGCACUGCUGUGGAGGACAUACCAUCAAUCCUCGCACACAUAUUUGCUGUAAUGGACACAGCCACAACAAGAUGAAUGGCAAUUUCUGUUGUGGUUCAGAAGUCUAUGACCACCACAACCAGUUCUUGACAUGCUGCUCAGGUCAUCUCUACAACCUAACCCAUUUACGUGGAAAUGCAGAGUGCUGUGGAAGCCUAUUGCUGCAAUAUAGUAAUCACAUUUGCUGUUCCUCCUCAACCAAUUCCAUAAUGUAUGACACCAAACCAAACCACCGUUGCUGUGGGCAUUACUACUACAACACAUCCCUGUGGAGCUGCUGUGCUGAACGUCUCAAACCAACACCAAAGCCUAACAGCUCUCCUGCAGAAUACAGACUUAAACCCCUAACAGACCUUAUCCCUGAAAUGUGCAAUAAAACAGUGUUCUUUGGCAAAGUGGAGAGUGUGGCACUUGAAAAUUAUCUGCGUCAUGUGGUGUUGAAAGUUGUGUGGCAAGUCAAUAUGAAAUCUGAAAAUUUCAUCAAAGACCCUUGGCUUCAUGUGUCCCUGGAUCACUGCAGCACUCCUGCCACAGAUAACGGCAUGACCUACCUUUGGGAGGAAAACCACAAUGGGAAGCACAAGCUUCUCUCUCACCCUGUUGACCUAACAUCUGACAUUUACAUGUUAUAUUCUGUAUGUUACCAAAAGAAGGGAUAGAAAUAUGGAUUGAGGUCUAUUUCCCAUCAUUUCAAAGCAUGCAGGUUGUCAUAAGAUUCCUGAUCAUUUUUAUCCAUCAUUAAUGAUAAAUGACAAUAGAGGAAAGUCUCUGUUACUAUACACAGCAUUACGGCAUCACAUGUGUAUCUGUGCUUUUUACCUCAGUGGAUAUUUUUAUUUCAUCUCAAUAAUGGAUUGAUCCUGUUUGGAGUGAUGCAUUACUCUUAUUUAUUCAGUGAGGUAAUUUUAAGCUUUGUUAAUGUGAAAAAUGGAAAUA